UGUAUCGAUUUUAUAAGUAUGCCAGAUUUUGUACAAGAUACACUACCUAUUACGUAGUAGAUUGUAGAAUUGAUGAUAUGAUUUUGCAGAUGACAGAAUUUGUAGAAAAUCGUUCAUUUUUAUUGCUGAAGAAAAUUAUUUUUGCUCGAGAGUACAUUUAUAUAGUUAACAUCUUAUGGCCGUAUGGUGUUGGCCUAGAAUAAUACCACCCCAUUUCUUUCCAUGGGUGUCUUCUUAACUAACGUAUAGCAAUCGUCUAUCCACCUUGCAAGUGUGUUGAUUGUGCCAAGCCCCCCAGUCCAAACUGUUCACUGGUUUUGGGGAAGCCCAUGGACAGUUAGUAUUGUGUACUGUCAGUUGUUUUGUUUAAAAUAUGUGGGUUUCAAUAAAACCUUAGUAUUUUUGUGUUGGUUUUGAAGAUUUCCUAAGGAACCGGGCCUUAAGAAAAAAUGGAUUGCUUCCACGAAAAGGGAAAACUGGAUUCCAAGCAAUUACAGCGUCGUUUGCUCUCGGCACUUCACAGAAGAUUGUUUUAAUAUAAAGAACACUCGUCGCCGCUUAUUUGAUACUGCAAUGCCUACACUUCAUAUGCCUGUAGUGAGUAACAUAAAUUAUGAGUGCCCUCCGGAAAAUGCAAGUCCGAUAACAUCAUCUCAAAAUGGACUUUUACCAACUACACCUAGGGCAACUAAACGAAAAACUACCGAUCCUGAAACUCCUACAAAGUUUAAUUCUCCGACCAAAAAACGUUUUGGCAGACGUGUUUUAGACAUGACAAGUCAGGUGAACUGCACAAAAGAUACAAAGAGCAAAAAAGUUGUAGCCAGUACAUCUAGGCAGUGCAUUUCAAGUCAACCCAAAGUUUUACCAGAAGACGCAAAGCUGAACAGCGAUGAAGACAUCACCGAUAGCGACAUAGACGAGGAGCCUCGACAUCGUGCACGAGCCGCCGAAGCUUCACAAGAAGUGCCUCAUGCUUCAGGUGCAGAACAUGGAAGGGAAGGAUGUAUUUGCAAAUUUUGUCAAAGAGAAAUUAUUGGGUUCCACUACACUUGCGUGCAGUGUGUGGACGUGGUAUUGUGCAGUGAGUGCGAGGCAAAAGACAGGCAUUACCUGCACUACGUGCUGAGGAUACCCGAGUCACGGCCACAGGAGGAGGUCAAGAGAGUGUUGUGCCGCAUCCGCCGCGUGAUAAAGGAGGGACUUCAGCCCGUCGCCACGAAAGACGCUGACGACAGCAACAAGGCUGACGGCACCGACAAGGCUGACGACACCGACAAGGCUGACGACACCGACAAGGCUGACGACACCGACAUGGCUGACGACACCGACAAGGUUGAUGGCAACGACUACGUUCACAGCUUCAAAGUGGAGGUGAAAGAAGAGCCAGACCCUGAACCUGAUCCACUACAAGAUCCCCCCAAUACCGCUUUCGAUCAAUCGGAACUUAAAAGCGAAGUGGACAUCAAAAUCGAAGAGGAGUGGCUGUUUGAAGAGAUGAAACAAGAGAACAGCGACGUGCACGUGUUCACGCACACCACAGCUGAAGCCGGGAGCGAUAAGAUGCCACAAAAACGACACUCACAAAAUAUCACCACGAUACCGGAAAAAAAGCUACAUUUCACCAUAGAAUCUAACACACCCAGCUGCAGUGGAUCUGGGGUUAACAUAAACAAGAAUUUAAAAGUAAUAACCAUAACUCCACUUCUAUUGAACAAAUCUGCGUUGAAAGAGGAAACAAAUGAAGAUACCCAACCUCAGGCCAGCGAAGAAGGAAGUUCUGUGAAGAAGAAAAAUAAUUCACUUGUGAAGAAGAAAAAUAAUUAACGUCUAUUUUAGUUUUAUUAUUUUCUGCUCGAAUUUUCAUAAUAUUUGCGGUACUGUUUACUUUCUGUAGUAACCAAACAACAAAUAAAAACAAAAUGAUUUGUUUGAAACCCUGACGCGUGGAACCACAGUUUUGUGCACACUAUGGAACUUUCUCGUCUAAUUGUCCUGGUCGUCCGCAAAAAAACGCGUGAAACGCUCGUGCCAAUUCGCUCCUAGCUAAUUUACUUCGUGGCUUUUAUAAAUAAACACUGACCCUUGUAACAAUAAGCGAAUUCACUUGGAGCGUCGCGGCUCGUGGUCCUCGCUUUACUAAACGGACAAGCAUUUUCCGACCAGCUUAAUGAUUCCAUGGUGACUCCUUUAUGCAACUGUUUCUGUAAAAUUUUACUGGCUCCAAAGCGUGAAAUUUUGAAAGUAUUAUUUUUAGAAUUAGCCCGUUUUAGUUUUUCCGAUUAGAUAGGUAGAUGAACACUAUAUUCACUAAUAUGACACUAAAAACUAUUAAAUACAAAAGGAAAAAAAUACAAAAUUUUUUCCAUAGCAGUGAAAGGAUGCUGUCUCAGCGUAUUCCAAAUUUCCCUAGGGCGCUGGUUUUAAGUCAGAACCAACGAGUGAGACUAAAUGUAGAAGGUAUUUGUAAGCAAAACUAUAACAAUAUAUAUAUAUAUACAAUUACUUUGUGGGAUCUUAAAAAUUGAGUAUUUUUCGUUUUCUCGGAUUUAUUUUCUACGUGAUAUGUCACAAUUAUUAAGAAAUGUUGAUUAAAUUUAACAUGCAAUAGUACAUGUAGCAAUAAUAUCUGAUUACUUGGGUCUCCCUGUUAAAUAUAAGUAAGUGGAUAUUACGACUGACAGAUGGUUUAAUUUUAGAUAUUGCAAAAAUGAAACACGUUCGAUGUGUUGAUCAUGAUUGUUAACAAGUUCGCCGUGAAUGGUGAUGUAAGCUGACAUGUUAUCAGAUAUUUACGUUGUGAACAGUCAGUGUGUAGGUAAACUUAGGGUCGUAUUCCAGAACUCUACUCAAUGCUCAAGUUAGGAUUUGAGCAGACUUGAGUAUGAUUUCAAGCACUGGAAAUACGACCCUAAUGGCAAGGAC